AUGGGCCGGGUCUCGGGACUCGUGCCCUCUCGCUUCCUGACUCUCUUGGCACAUCUGGUGGUCGUCAUCACUUUAUUCUGGUCGCGGGACAGCAACAUCCAGGCAUGCCUGCCUCUCACCUUCACUCCCGAGGAGUACGAGAAAAAGGAUAUUCAACUGGUGGCAGCUCUCUCUGUCACCUUGGGCCUCUUUGCAGUGGAAUUGGCCGGUUUCUUCUCAGGAGUGUCCAUGUUCAACUGCACCCAGAGCCUCAUCUCCAUUGGGGCACACUGUAGUGCAUCCGUGGCCCUAUCCUUCUUCAUAUUCGAACGUUGGGAGUGUACCACAUACUGGUACAUUUUUGUCUUCUGCAGUGCCCUCCCAGCUGUCACUGAAUUGGCAUUAUUCAUCGCUGUGUUUGGACUGAAAAAGAAACCUUUGUGA